UGAAAUCAGCCUUAAAGCUAAACAAAUGUUCACAAUUAGAUUUCGCGAUUCUUAAAAAUUUGAUUAAAACAUUAAGAACCCAUUUCAAGAAAACUAAAAGGGUUUAUUUAGUUUCUGGGGACGUCAAAAAUGAACAGUAAGAAAAAGGCCGGCAAACGUGUUAGAAUUGUGAACAUGUCGCAUCCAAUUGUUAAAAAGCCAAAAACAAAGACGGAUUUAGAAACUGAAGAUUCACCCCAAAAAUCUGAAAAACAUGAGAAGAAACUUAUUAAAGGAAAUAGUAUUGAAGAUGGAAAACAAAUGCUUGAAUGGAUGUUGACUCCAUUCCCCGUCGAAGAAUUUUUCAAAAAAUUUUGGGAGAAAAAACCAAAGUUAAUUAAACGAGGCGAUUCUCAAGAUAUAUAUAAAAGCUUGCUUUCCACGGAAAUGAUUAAUACAAUGCUGAAAGAAAAUUACUUGGAAUACACGAAAAACAUUGAUAUCACAUCAUAUAAAGAUGGUGUUCGAGAGACUCUUAAUCCUGAAGGAAGAGCGACGACUCCAUCAAUUUGGAAUUAUUAUGCUGAUGGAUGUUCAAUUCGAAUAUUGAAUCCGCAAACAUUUAUUCCAGCAGUGUACAAAAUGAACAGCAAACUGCAGGAAUAUUUUCACUGUAUGAUUGGAACCAAUGUUUAUUUAACACCGCCAAACUCUCAAGGUUUUGCUCCACAUUAUGAUGACAUCGAAGCAUUCGUUUUGCAAUUAGAAGGCGCUAAACAUUGGCGUGUAUAUAAGCCAAGAUCUCCGAAAGAAAAUCUUCCACGGAUAUCAUCUGAAAAUUUCAGUCAAGAUGAAAUUGGUGAACCAAUUUUGGAAGUAAAAUUGGAGCCGGGUGAUUUACUUUACUUCCCACGCGGAUUUAUUCAUCAAGCUGAAACAGUUGAAGGAAAACAUUCACUUCACAUAACAGUCUCAGUUUAUCAAAAAACUUCAUACGCUGAUUUAUUAGAAGCGUUGGUACCAGCAGCAUUACAACGAGCUAUUAAUUCUGAUGUAAGAUUUAGAGAAGGUUUGCCAUUAAACAUUCAUCAAGUCAUGGGAAUCGCUUUUUCUGAAAAUGAUUCACCAGAAAGAACAGCCAUGAGAGAAAAGAUUCAUUCACUCUUCGAAAGAAUUUUUGAUCAUGCGAGUGUGGAUGACGCUGUUGAUCAAAUUGGAAAAAAAUACCAAAUCGAUGCUCUUCCGCCUUAUGUUUCUAAAGAAGAAAAGCAAAGAACAGUUUAUGGUGAAAAAGUUGUUAUUGAAGAUGGAAAUAUUAGAUGUCCGUUUGAAAUGACAUAUGAAACAAAAAUCAAAUUGCUGAAAGCAAAUAUUCUUAGACUUGUUGAUGAAGACGAAAGUCUACGAGUUUAUUUUCAUUCUGAUAAUUCAAAGGAAUACCAUGAAUAUGAGCCCACGUUUAUGGAGAUUGAAGAAGACGACGCGCCAGUUAUAUCAAUGCUUGUCAAUGAAUACCCAAAAUUCGUUGCUGUUAAGGAUUUACCUAUUGAUGACGAUGAACGAAAGCUUGCAAUUGCAACUGAUUUGUGGGAAAAGGGUUUGCUUAUGACAAAUGUCAGUGUAACAGAUUAUGAAUAAUAAAAAUAUAUUCAAAUUAUAUA